GUCAUUUCUAUUUAAUUUUUGUGUGUAUUUUUUAUCUCUUAAUGUUUUUUGUAUUGUUUAUUUGUUAAAAUGUGGAAAAACACGAAAAGAGGCCCUUUGCAAACAGAUCCACUUCUAAGAGAACAUGCAUUCGAAGAGAGGGAUCCAAUUAUUAAAGAACCAUGUUUGUGUUUGAAAGGUCUAUGUGGCUCGUUCCUAUUACUAUUUAUGCUGCUUCUUAUGCUAAUCACAUGUUGGUAUGUUUCGCUCUCUUCGAUUUACCAUGAAGAAUUUUUAUUUACACUGGACAGAAAUAAUCAGCCAUCUCACUUGAUUUCUAAAAAGUUUGCUAGUUUUGGACUAGACACAUCACUUCUAGGAAAAGACUUUGGAAAUUUGAACCUCAGCGAUGAUUCAACUAUAAACUUUAUUAGACAUCUCGCACCCGGUCAUUUGAGAUUUGGUGGCACUUUGUCUGAUCGCCUUUUAUUUAUAGAAAAUGGCUCAAAAGCAAGAAAUAAAAGAGAUGGGUUAUUUGAUGGUAGUAUUUGCUCCUAUGAACAUAGAGAAUGCAAAAAACCAGACCCCACUGAUAUUCUAAUAUUAACAGGCGAAGAUUUGCUACAAAUAGCUAGUUUUGCAAGUAAAACUGGUUUAACAUUAUUAUUUGAUCUGAAUGUACUCAUACGUAAUGAUAAUGGAUGGUUUUCCAAAAAUGCUGAGGACUUAAUCAAAUUUUGUGAUACACACAAUCUAGAUAUCAAUUGGCAAUUAGGAAAUGAACCUAAUUCAUUUAAACAUGUUUUUGGAGCGCUCGUUGAAGCUGCACAACUUGCAAAAGAUUACAAGAAGUUGAGGGAAAUUCUUUCUAGCUACCCUCGGUACUCAAGAUCUUUUAUUACUGGUCCAGAAACUACUAGACCUCUUUCAUUUGAUAGCGAUAGUGCGAAGUAUAUGAAAGAAUUUUUAUUCGCAGAACAGGACAGUAUAAAUGUGUUUUCUUGGCACCAAUAUUAUAUGAGCGGGAGAGAAGCUGUUCUUAGUAACUUUCUUGAUCCAAAUAUGUUUAAUUUACUUCACGACCAAAUUGUAAUUGUGAAAAAAAUAAUUUCCAAGUAUGGAUCUACAAAUAUGCCAAUAUGGAUAUCGGAGACUGGUUCAGCUUAUGGAGGUGGUGCGCCAGGUUUAUCAAAUACAUUUGCUGGUAGUUUCAUAUACUUGGAUAAAUUAGGAUUGUCUGCAAAACUUGGAAUAGAUGUAGUUAUACGACAGAGUUUAUAUGGGGCUGCAUACACAAUGAUUUCAGAACAAAUGGAACCACUACCAGAUUGGUGGAUUGCGGUUUUGUAUAAAACCUUGGUUGAUGAACGAGUUUUAAGAUCACAAAGCCACUCUAAUGGACUUAUUCGGCUUUAUGCACAUUGUACACCAAACAGUGUACAUGUUUCGAAUAAUGCAACAUUAACAGUAUUUGGUAUGAAUUUGAAGGACAGUGAUCAAAUUGUCCGGUUUAAUGGAGCUUUGUAUAAUAAUAUGCCUGCUACAGUAAGAGCAUAUUAUGUAACACCAUAUAAAGACAAUCUUCAAGCCAUACAUGCAGUUCUUAAUGGGAUGAUUUUAAAACUGACGGAAGAUGGAAAUUUGCCAGAGUUCAAGCCAAUAUUGCUUGAUUCGCGACAUCCUAUUUAUAUACCGAAGUAUUCAAUUGCAUUUUGGGUAUUUCAUGGUGUGGAUUUUCCUGCUUGUAAUUAA